CAUAAAAGAGGGAUGAGGAUGGGAAGAGACUAGCAGCAGCCUAGCGUCUCUAGAGUGGAGAAGCCACCUGGGAAGGAGACCACAAGGACCAGCCAAGGAGAGCAGACUGCAGUUUUGCUAACGGUCCCUGGGCACAUAAGCAACCCAACCCAAGGGACUCAGGACAGAAAGAUCAACACUACUGAAUCCAUCAAAGGACAGCCUCACUCCUUAAAGACCAGACAUGACGGUAAAGAAAAUUGCAGUGAUUGGUGCUGGAGUCAGCGGACUGGGUGCCAUCAAGAGCUGUUUGGAGGAGGGACUAGAACCUACGUGUUUUGAAAAGAGCAGUGACAUUGGAGGACUGUGGAGAUAUAAGGAGACACCAGAAAGUGGAAGGCCUGGGAUAUACAAAUCUUUGACCUGCAAUACGUCCAAGGAGAUGACAGGCUUCAGCGACUUCCCCGUCCCUGACCAUUACCCCAACUACAUGCACAACACCAAAAUGAUGGAGUAUCUCAGGAUGUAUGCCAGGCACUUCGGGCUGAUGAAACACAUCCAGUUCCAGACAAAGGUGUGCAGUAUAAGGAAGCGCCCUGAUUUUUCAUCCUCUGGCCAGUGGGAUGUUGUGGUGGAAGCUGAUGAGGUGCAGAAAACUUAUAUCUUUGAUGGGGUCAUGGUCUGCAGCGGACAUUACAGCGAGAAGCAUUUUCCUUUACAGGAUUUCCCAGGAAUCACCAAGUUCCAAGGCAGCCAUCUCCACAGCUGGGAGUAUAAGCACCCAGGCAACUUUGAGGGGAAGAGAGUGGUCGUGGUCGGCAUCGGGAAUUCUGGAGCAGAUGUGGCAGGCGAGAUCAGCCGUGUCGCUGAACAGGUUUUCCUCAGCACAAGACGAGGGGCGUGGAUUUGGAACCGGGUUUGGGAUCACGGGAAUCCUAUGGACGCUACACUCUUCACUCGUUAUAACAGAGCUGUCCAAAAGGUCUGCCCCACAUACCUGAUCAACAGACAGAUAGAGAACAAGUUAAACUUGAGAUUUAACCAUGCCAAUUACGGACUGCUGCCUCAACACAGAAUUCUUGACCACCGAACAGUUCUCAGUGACGACCUGCCAAACCGUAUCAUUAUUGGAAAAGUGCAGAUAAAACCAAACGUGAAAGAGUUCACUUCAACAUCGGCCAUCUUUGAGGACGGAACUGAGGAGAGCAUCGACGUUGCCAUCUUUGCCACAGGCUACACAUUGUCCUUCCCUUUCCUGAAUGAUGACCCGACCAUCCUGGACAGCCAGUACUCCAUGUUUAAGUUCGUCUUCCCUCCUGAGUUGGAGAAGCCAACCCUAGCUUUCAUUGGCAUCCUCCAGCCUGCUGGAGCCGUCAUUCCCACCUCAGAGCUCCAAAGCCGAUGGGUUGUGCGUGUGUUCACAGGACUGAAAAAGUUGCCCUCAAAGAAAGACAUGAUGGCUGACAUCAACAGAAAAAGACAAAAAGACUUUACAAAAAACUUCAGAGAUUCUCGUCGAGUACAGUUCAUCGACUACAUGGAUGAAAUCGCUUCAGAGUUAGGUGUCAAACCCAGCCUGCUCUCUCUCUUCCUCUGGGACACAAAGCUGGCCAAGGAGAUUUUCUGUGGUCCCUGCACCUCCUACCAAUACCGUCUACAAGGGCCAGGGAAAUGGGCGGGGGCCCGGGCAGCCAUCCUCACUCAGAGAGAAAGGAUGCUCAAACCCCUGAGAACCCGAGUGCUCCAACACUCCCAGGCCUCCCUCUCUCGUCUUUUCUGGGUCAAAAGUAUCUGUGUUGUCAUUUUUUUCUUUGUUUCCAUGUUAGCUAUCAUGCAUAUCACAAGUCAUUAACUUCAUAUUGACAUAGAUGUUUAUGAAGCUGGAGAGUAAACUAUUGUUAUCUAAACUGUAUGUCAUAGGAUCUGUUAAAUAUAUGGGGAAACAUGUUUAUUAGACUAGUUCACAAAUGGAUCUUUAAACACAAACAAAAUUACUUCAAUAAUGACUUUAUGAGGAGAGCUUUGAAAAGUUAUAAUUUAUUUCCAUUUUAUUCCAAAAGUAUAUAUAUAUAUAUAUAUAUAUAUAUAUAUAUUAUGACCAUGAGGAAUAAUUAAAAGUGAGAUGAAUUUUAUUUAAUAAAUGACAAGAGAGACUAAUUAACCAGAAGUAAACCUUACUUAACCAAAACCAGGAAUAAACCUUAUUUAACAAAAGAGCAUAGAGACUAUGUAAUGAGGGAUAACCCUUAAAAGCACAUUCUAAGACUUCAAAAUAUUUUCCCCAUUCUUGACCCCCUAGAAAAUUAUAGCUGCUUUGAGCUGUUGUUUGGUUGAUUUGUUGUUAGUUUUAAGACUCAGUGUGUAUGUAGUCUGGAAUGGCCUCAUAUUCACGCCUUUUACUACUGUAUGCUGGAAUUGUAAGCCAGUGCCAGGCACUGGGCCCUCAAAAAAGAUUCUUCAAUAGAAAACUCUGAAAUUCAUCAACUAUCACUUACCAAACAGCUCUAUUUGUCCAAGUGUUACAGGUCAGCGUGAUAUGUUGUAGCUCCUGAUUUGAUGCAGUACAAAGGCUGAUAUCACAGUCUAAUAUCGCUGCCAGAAUGUUUAGCUUGAAUGAAAUUGAAGAAAGGUCAACAUUCCCAAUAAAACUUAGCUCCAUUCCAAAUGAAAGCUGAACAACAGUGCUAUAAUGAUCAAAUGAAAGUAUCUGAACACUGAUUGACAAAUCUAAUAAAUGAGGGAAUUUUAAGAUAUACUAUUAUAUGAUCUUAUUUAAUUAAUGAUAAUAUUGUGUGGUAUAAAAUAUUAUGUUUAUGCAUCAGAAUAUUCUUAUUUCUAAGAGGUAGGCAAAUGUAGGAGUUAAGUACUAUGAUGUGUACAUUUUAUUUACAAUAAACUGGCAGGGACAGAGUAAGAAACACAGAAGUGAAACACAAGGGCAGAACUUCUACCACUUGUGACUCUGGUUAAAAGUU